UCCAUUUCCAGGUAUAGUUAGUUCCAGCAGACCAGAAAGCAACAGAACAGUCGGUUAUUUCUGUCGUGUCUCGAACCCUUUCUCUGCCUGGUCAUAACUAAUUUAACUGCAGUUGCAGCGGAAAUGGGAAGUGAGAGUGGAAUCAAUGCGAACAAGGGGAUGGGAGCAUUGGUCUCCGAGGAGGAAACGGGGGCUUUCUUAGGGUUCGAUGAGGAGCAGUUUCUGCUGUUGCCAAGCAACGAUGGAGGAACUGCCGACGAAGAAGAGGAAGAAAAGCCGAAUUCGGUGGAGUGGACGUCUCCGACCUUGUUGCCAUUGACAGGGGGAAAAAGUAGCGCAGCAGAGAAGCCCAUCAGCAGCGGCGACAGCAUCAGAACGACGAUCACCCGGGAGACCAUCGCUCGGUAUUUCUACAUGCCGAUCACUGAGGCGGCCAAAGAGCUCAACAUCGGGGUUACACUCUUGAAGAAGAGGUGCAGAGAGUUGGGGAUCAGCAGGUGGCCCCACAGGAAGCUCAUGAGCAUUGAAUCCUUGAUCAAGAAUGUUAAGUUUGGAGGAGAUGAGGGGGGACAGAAGCUGAAAGAGGCAGUAGAGAUAUUAGAGACGGAGAAGCAACUAAUAGAACAGGCGCCCGACUUAAAGCUCGAGGACCGGACUAGAAAGUUAAGGCAGGCCUGCUUCAAGGCGAGCUACAAGAGGAGGAAGUUACACUAUCAGUUGAAGCACGCUGCGGAAGGACCAGUCUCCUGUUACAGAUCCGAUGCAGGCAUGAGCAUGAUUUACCUGAAUACGAAACCCGCCAUCUGAGAACAGUUCUCUUGAUAUGGUGCGACAUUUAGGGCUAGCUUAGGUUAGAUUAGGUGGACAGAGCGAGCUCAUAGUCAGAAAUAUGUUAAGGACAUGUGCAUACAAACUCUUGUUUCCUGUUUUGGUUCGGUAUGUUGGCCAUGCACAUUUUUUCAAUCCAUCAUAUUGCUGCGUGAACCGAAUUAUAAGGAACUGCAAAAAAGUAUCUCGUUUGUCAAUUCAAGGAUGACAUUGGUUCGAUACGUGAAAUGAUACGGAUGAU